UAAUAAAUUUUCUAAUGUGUCACCACUAUAAAUACGACCUUGUCGCCUCUCAAUUUCUAUUCCCACUACAAUAUUUUCUCGUUGACGAUUUAGGGUUUUGAACCCUCAGAUCGCAAUUUCAGUCUUCUAGACGAAUCUUCUCAUUUGAUCGUGUGAUUCUUUUGCUCUUCUUCGUGGUUUGAGAAUCCGAUGGCUCGUCAUGUCUAGGGUUUUUCUUGCUUAGAAAAAUCAGACAAAAUAGAGAUCCGGUGUUGUUCUUUUGCCCUUUUUGUUAGAAAAUGAUUGCUACGAAGAGACAUCUCGAAGACCGAAUCGAAACUUAUGAAGAACAGAGCAAAAGAUUGAGACAAACAAGUUUCCGUGAUCAGAACGUAACCAUCCCUCAAGGUUGGUUAGAUUGUCCUCGCUUUGGUCAAGAUAUUGGAUUCAUCAUUCCUUCAAAAGUUCCUCUCAGUGAAUCGUACAAUGAUUGUGUUCCUUCUGGCAAAAGAUACAAUUUCAAAGAGUGGUUCACUAGUGGAAGGACGAGGCUUGGUCUUGUGAUUGAUCUUACCAAUACAACUCGUUACUAUCAUCCUAACACCGAGUUAAGACAUAACGGUAUCAAGUAUGUUAAGAUUCGUUGCAGUGGUCGUGAUGCUGUGCCGGAUAAUGUGUCGGUAAACACAUUUGUUUACGAGGUUAAUCAGUUCGAGAAUAACUUCUCACAGAAGUAUGUUCUUGUGCAUUGUACUCACGGACAUAAUCGUACAGGGUUUAUGAUUGUUCAUUACCUUAUGCGGUCUAGACCGAUGAUGAGUGUUACAGAAGCCUUGAAAAUGUUUUCCGAUGCUCGCCCGCCUGGGAUCUAUAAACCCGAUUACAUUGAUGCUCUAUACAGUUUUUAUCAUGAAGUUAAACCUGAGAGUGUUAUAUGUCCACCAACUCCUGAAUGGAAGAGGUCUGAAGAAGUUAAAGUCGACGAUGAUGAUGAUGCUCUGUCUUACCCUGUAGUGCAAGGAAACAAUCAGGAGGAGAAUGUGAAGAAGUUGUCGAAUGAUGAUAUUUUGGGGGAUGACAUACCCUAUGGUCAAGAGGUUUCUUACCAGCAAUUAAUUAAUGAUAUGCUGAAUAUUUCUAUGCAGUUCCCUGGCUCGCACCCUGUAUCUUUAGGCAGGGAGGCAUUGCAACUCUUGAGGCAGCGGUACUAUUACGCGACAUGGAAGGCAGAUGGAACGCGGUAUAUGAUGCUCUUGACUAGAGAUGGGUGUUAUCUGGUUAAUAGAGAGUUUAGAUUUAGAAGGGUACAAAUGCGGUUCCCUUGUAAGUACGACCCGAGUGAUUAUAAAGUGCAUCAUUACACAUUGCUUGAUGGAGAGAUGGUUAUAGACACAUUUGAGGUGGGAGGAAGGCGGUGUCAGGCGAGGAGGUACCUCGUGUAUGAUUUGGUAGCGAUUAACGGGCAAUCAGUGGCAGAGCGGCCUUUUAGUGAAAGAUGGAAUAUUCUUGAGAGAGAGGUGAUCAGACCGCGUAACGAUGAGAAGAAGGUUAUGAAUCAUUGGUAUAGAUACGAGAUGGAGCCUUUUGGGGUACGGAUCAAGCCUUUUUGUUUACUCUCUGCUGUGGAGAAGAUUCCAUCGCUUUCGCAUGAAACAGACGGUCUAAUAUUUCAAGGGUGGGACGAUCCUUAUGUUUUCGGAACGGACCACGGUCUAUUGAAAUGGAAGUUUGUGGAAACACUUGAUUUUCUGUUUGACAUGGACAAGUAUGGGCGUCAAAUGCUCUUCUUGCAAGAACGUGGGAAGAUGAAGCUUAUGGAAGGCUAUUCCGUUGAAUUUAGAGGUGAUGGUUGGGACAAUAACCCGGCCAGUUACUGUGGAAAGAUUGUAGAGUGUUCAUGGGAUAAGGAGAAGAAAGUAUGGGUUAGUUUGCGGAUCAGAGUUGAUAAAUCUAAACCGAAUGGUAUUGGAACCGGUCAUAGCGUGAUAAAGUGCAUAAAGGAUGACAUCACGAAGGACGUUUUGCUGGAGGAGAUCAAAAAGAUUACCCGUCUUCCAAUGUACGUUGAUCGCAUUCGAAGGGAUACACAAGAAGCUGAACGCCGCAAGCAUGGAAACCGUAAAGGGUAAGGAGUGAUAAGAGCUAGAGAAACCAUUUCGGCAGUUAUCGUCAUUAAGUCUGUUUCAGUUUGUGAAUGCAGUAGUGAAAUAACAAA